AUGGGCAAAUACGCCGACUCUCCCCUCUGGGCCUCCGUCACUCCCAUUCCCCUAGACGACGGGGCGGACUCGUAUGCUACGAGCGAAGGUGCAGAUGCUGGUCCGAUCGUACCGUUGGUUGCCAUCGCCUAUUCGGAGGAAUACGUCGAGGCGACGGCGUAUCUGAGAGCAGUCAUGGCCGCCGAUGAAAUGUCGGACAGAGCGCUGGAGUUGACAGCAGACGUAAUUUCGCUGAACCCGGCACACUAUACUGUCUGGUUGUACAGAGCGUCUAUCAUCCGAGCUCUUAAGAAGAACCUCCACGAGGAGAUUGCAUGGCUAAACAAGAUCUCCGUCCAAUACCUAAAGAACUAUCAGAUAUGGCAGCAUCGGCAGUUGAUCAUGUCUGACAGCAUGGUCUUCCCCAAGAUUCCUGAGACUGAGCGGGAUUUCCUGAUGCAGAUGUUUUCUCUGGAUGCUAAAAACUACCACGUCUGGAUUUACAGGACUUGGCUCGUGACACAUUUUGGUCUCUGGGAUUGCCCCCGUGAACUACAGGACGUAGACAUCUUGAUUGACUCCGAUGUCCGGAACAAUUCCGCUUGGAAUCAUCGCUGGCUGUUAAAAUUCAGUCCACGCGACACUAAUAUUGGUGCCAGAGAAGCUCGGGGCCGCCUCGCUGUGGUUGAUGAGGACCUUGUCGACGCCGAAAUUGACUAUGCAAAGAAAAAGAUCCUCAUUGCCCCGGAGAACAGGAGUCCGUGGACCUAUAUCCGCGGCGUCCUUCGUGGCGCUGGGCGGCCUAUGGCGGAGCUGAAAAUGUUUGCAUCCAAGUUCGUCGCUGAGGAGAUUGAGGGUGGGGAGGCUGUCAAGUAUCAAGUGAAAAGUAGCCUGGCGGUUGAAUGGUUGGCGGAUGUGCUUGCCGAGGAAGCGAAGGCAAAUUGUAAACUCACGGACGCAGUUCAGUGCAACGCUCAGGCGGUGAAAAUGCUGAACUUGCUGAAAGAAAAGUAUGACCCUAUCCGGAAGAACUAUUGGGAGUAUCGGAUUCAGGCCAUUACGAAUGUCUGA